AUGGGAUCCCUGUGGAGCUGGUGGGCCCUCUGGGCCGGAGCGACUCUCCUGUGGGGGUUGACCCAGGAGGCCACAGUGGACCCCAGGAACACUGGUGGGGAAGAAUUCCUCACGGCCUUCCUGCAGAAUUCCGAGCCCGGGUACAGCACGGCCUCUCUCUGCGUCUUCAUCUCCAGUCUGUCAGAGAACACCACCUCUGUCACCAUCCUCAGCCAGGCCGAUGGCACCUCCCAGAAGGUCACAGUGAAGCCUGGAGAGUCAGUCAUGGUCAACAUCAAUGCCAAUGCAGAGAUGACUGGCAGCAGCACUUUCCAGCGUGCUGUGGUGGUCCACUCUGACCACCGCAUCUCUGUGCAGGCUUUAAAUGCUAAGCCUGGAACAGCGGAGCUAACAUUGCUCUGGCCUGUUGGAGCCCUGGGCACAGAGUACUUUGUACUCACACCCCCAGGCAUCUCUGCCCAACAUGUAAAAGAGUUUGCUGUGGUGGCUGGCAGAGCCGGUGCCUCAGUUACUAUCAGCUUGAAGGCAGCAGUGACAUUCCGCAAUACUUUCCACCCAGCUGGUGGUAUUGUAAAUGUGACUCUGGAACCAUAUGGAGCAGCCCAGCUACAGAGCACAGCAGAUCUCUCUGGGUCAAGGGUCACAGCCAGCAGCCCAGUGGCUGUUCUUUCUGGCCACAGUUGUGUCCAGAAGCACACAAACUGCAACCAUGUGGUGGAGCAACUGCUCCCCACAUCUGCUUGGGGAACCCAGUAUGUGGUUCCCCCUCUGACCUUCCAGUCCCGCUAUGAUCUAGCCUAUGUUGUGGCCAGCCAGACCACAAAACUGACAUACAACCACGGGGGAACCAUUGGUUCCCGAGGCCUCCAGAGGGGCGAUGUGGCUGAGUUCGAGAUCCGGCCAACCCGGCCACUCUACCUGUCCGCAGAUGUGGGUAUCCAGGUUGUGCUGUUUGGCACAGGGGCCAUAAAGGGUCAAAUGACCUAUGACCCUUACCUGGUCCUGAUCCCAGAUGUGGCAGCCUACUGCUCUGCCUAUGUGAUCAAGAGUAUUCCAGGCACUGAGGGUGUGGCCCUGGUGGUUGCACAGACAAAGGCUACCAGUGAGCUAACCAUGGAUGGGCAGGCUUUGGGGGCCAAGCUCACCUGGGCGGCUGUGCCAGGCAGUGAGUUCUCCUAUGCGGAAGUGGACCUUGGCACUACUGACAGGAUGCACACAGCUGAAGCUUCCACCAGCUUUGGGCUGCUCACCUUCGGGCUGGCCCAGGCUGUGGGCUAUGGGACAGCAGCUGCCUGUGGAAAGACUCGGCUCUCCACAGCAGAGACUUCCUGCCAAGGCAUGCGGUGUACAUCUGGGCAGCGCUGCCAGAUGGUGAGUGGAAAGGCCAGCUGUGUGGCAGAAUCCACAGCUGUCUGCCGUGCCCAGGGUGAUCCCCAUUACACCACCUUCGAUGGCCGCCGCUAUGACAUGAUGGGCACCUGCUCCUACACCAUUGCUGAGCUGACUGGAGAGGACAUGAGCCUGCCGGCCUUCAGUGUGGAGGCCAAGAAUGAGCACCGGGGCAGCCUCCUAGUCUCCUACGUGGGCUUGGUGACCGUCUAUGCCUACAGCCACUCUGUGUCACUGGUUCGAGGAGAAACUGGCUUCGCCCGGAUUGACAAUCAGCGCUCCCGCCUGCCCGCCUCCCUGAGUGAUGGUCAGCUGCGUGUGUACCAGAGUGGAACACAAGGCGUGAUCGAGCUGGACUUUGGGCUGGUGGUCACCUAUAACUGGGAUAGUCAGCUGACAGUGAGCCUGCCCACGCGCUUCCAAAACCAGGUGUGGGGGCUGUGUGGCAACUAUAAUGGAGACCCUGCUGAUGACUUCCUUACACCUGAUGGGGUACAGGCUCCAGAUGCCUUGGAAUUUGCAAACAGCUGGAAGCUGGAUGAUGGGGACUACCUGUGUGAUGAUGGUUGCCAUGGCAAUUGUCCCUCCUGCACUGCAGGCCAGACCCAGCACUAUGAGGGAGACCGGCUCUGUGGUCUGCUGACUCUGGCCACAGGCCCCUUCUCUGCCUGCCAUGAGUUUCUGGACCCCAAGCCUUUCCUGGAGGACUGUGUGUUUGACCUGUGUGUGACUGGAGGGGAGCGCCUCAGCCUGUGUCGGAGCCUUGCUGCUUAUGCCCAGGCCUGUGCGGAACUGGGUGUCCCUGAUGGGAACUGGAGGUCACACGCAGGCUGCCCCCUGUCCUGCCCAGCCAACAGCCGCUAUGAUACUUGCAGCCCUGCCUGCCCAGCCUCCUGCAACUCAGAAGCUGUACCGACCAACUGCUCUGGGCGCCCAUGUGUGGAGGGCUGCGUGUGCCUUCCAGGCUUUGUGGCCAGUGGUGGCGAGUGUGUGCCCGAGUCAUCCUGCGGCUGCAUCUACCAGGGCCGCCCCCUGGCUCCAGGUCAGGAAGUGUUUGCUGAUGACCUAUGUCGGCAACGCUGCACCUGUGACGCGUCCACCCAAAAGGUGAUCUGCAAAGACACAUCAGGAUGUCCUUCUGGUGAGCGCUGCCGUGUGCUGAACGGCCUUCAGGGUUGCUAUCCCGACAACUUCGCCAGCUGCGAGGCGUCCGGAGACCCGCACUACGUGAGCUUUGAUGGAAAGCGCUUUGACUUUAUGGGUACCUGCGCAUACCUGCUGGUGGGCUCGUGCGGCCAGGAUGCUGCACUGCCCGAGUUUAAGGUGCUGGUGGAAAAUGAACAUCGAGGCAGCCAGACCGUGAGCUACACCAGAGCUGUGCGGGUGGUGGCCCACGGUGUAGAGGUGGCCGUGCGCAGAGAGUACCCAGCAAGAGCGAUGGUGGACGGCAUCCUUCAGUACCUGCCCUUCCAGGCUGCAGAUGGGAAAAUUGAGGUGUUCCGCCAGGGCAAUGAUGCUGUCAUACGCACAGACUUUGGCUUGACCGUUACCUUCAAUUGGGAUGCUCGUGUGACUGCCAAGGUGCCCAGCAGCUACGCCAAGGCUGUGUGUGGGCUCUGUGGGAACUUCAAUGGGGACCCAGAUGAUGAUCUGGCUCUGAAGGACGGAGGCCAAGCCAACAGCACUCUGGACUUUGGAAAUAGCUGGCAGGAGGAGAUAAUCCCUGGGUGUGGAGCAACUAAUCCUGGUGACUGUUCCCAACUAGAUUCACUUGUGGCCGAGCAACAACAAAGCAAAAAGGAAUGUGGGAUCCUUACUGAUUCUUCGGGUCCCUUCAGGGAGUGUCACAAGUUGCUGAACCCGCAGGGUGCAUUACGUGACUGUGUCUAUGACCUCUGCCUGCUGCCCGGUCAGUCUAAGCCACUGUGUGAUGCUCUGGCUGCGUAUGCUGCUGCAUGCCAGGCUGCUGGGGGCACUGUGCAUCCCUGGAGGAGCGAGGAACUUUGCCCACCGACCUGCCCACCUAACAGUCACUAUGAGCAAUGUUCCUAUGGAUGCCCAAUAUCCUGUGGAGACCUGAAAGUGUCCCAAGGCUGUGGCUCAGAAUGCCAAGAGAGCUGUGUUUGUGAUGACGGCUUUGCCCUCAGUGGUGAGUCUUGUGUGCCUCUGGCCUCCUGCGGCUGUGUACACCAGGGCAACUACUACCCAUCAGGAGAAACCUUCUACCCUGGACCCGGAUGCGACUCUCUUUGCCACUGCCACGAAGGUGGUGUGGUUUCUUGUAAGCCCUCAUCCUGUGGCUCACAUGAGACUUGCCAGCCGUCCAAUGGAGUCCUGGGCUGUGUGCCUGCGGGGACUACCACCUGCCAGGCAUCAGGAGAUCCUCAUUACGUCACCUAUGAUGGCCAGCGCUUUGACUUCAUGGGUACCUGUGUGUAUGUGCUAACACAAACUUGUGGAACCCUGCCCGGCCUAGACCAGUUCACCGUCCUGCAGGAGAAUGAGCCCUGGGGCAAUGGGUAUGCUAGUGCCACUAAGGCGAUCACGGUCCUGGUAGCCAACCACACCCUGCGACUGGAGCAGAGUCGGUGGAAGGUCCAGGUGGACGGUGUGGACAUGAAGCUCCCAGUGGAUCUGGAUGGGGGCAAGAUCCGUGUCUCCCAGCACGGGUCUGAUGUUGUGAUUGAAACUGAUUUUGGCCUGCGUGUGCUCUAUGACCUCAUGUACUACGUGCAGGUCACUAUCCCAUCCAACUACUACCAGCAGAUGUGUGGUCUGUGUGGAGAUUACAACGGGGACCCCAAGGAUGACUUCCAGAAGCCAAAUGGCUCACUGGCAUCCGACCCCACUGACUUCGGGAACUCUUGGGAGGAAGUUGUGCCUGACUCCCCCUGUGCGCCAGUGACUCCUCCCUGCACAGGGGACAGCUGUGGCACUGGCUGUAGCCCUGAGUUGGAGGACAAGUAUUAUGGGGUGGAGUUCUGCGGGCUGCUCACCAGCACCUCGGGGCCACUGGCUGCCUGCCACAAGCUGAUAGACCCCAAGGGUCUCUUGGAAGACUGUGUCUUUGAUCUCUGCCAGAGUGAGGGGAACCUGAGCAUUCUCUGCAACAACAUCCAUGCCUAUGUGAGCGCCUGCCAGGCAGCUGGAGGGCAAGUGGAACCGUGGAGGACCGAAACUUUCUGUCCAUUGGAGUGCCCCCCUCACAGCCACUAUGAGGUCUGUGCAGACACCUGCUCCCUGGGCUGCUGGGCUCUCAGUGCCCCGCCCAAGUGCCCAGAAGUGUGUGCUGAGGGCUGUGAAUGUGACUCCGGCUUCCUGUACAAUGGAAAAGCCUGUGUGCCCGUCCAGGAAUGUGGCUGCUACCACAAUGGGGUUUACUAUGAGCCAGAGGAGUCGGUUCUCAUUGAAAGUUGCCAGCAGCAGUGUGUGUGCCAUUCAGGAGAAGGCAUGGUGUGCAAGAAUCACAGCUGCAAUCCAGGACAGGUGUGCGAGCCUUCCGGAGGCAUCCUGACCUGCGUCACCAAAGACCCAUGCCACAAUGUCACUUGCCGGCCUCAGGAGACCUGCAAGGAUCAAGGUGGUCAGGCCGUGUGUGUGCCCAACUAUAAUUCCACAUGUUGGCUGUGGGGUGACCCUCACUACCACUCCUUCGAUGGCUGGAACUUUGACUUCAUGGGCACCUGCAGCUACCUGCUGGCAGGAACUGCCUGUCCUGGGGUCAGUGCCGAGGGCCUGACUCCCUUCACUGUCACAACCAAGAAUGAGAACCGGGGCAACCCGGCUGUGUCCUAUGUGAGACUGGUCACUGUGACUACCUACAAUACCAACAUCACCAUCCACAAGAACGAGAUUGGCAAAGUUCGGGUGAAUGGAGUUCUGAUGGUCUUGCCUGUCUACCUGGCUGGUGGACGGGUUUCAGUGGUCCACGGGGGCUUCAAGGCUAUUCUGGUGACAGACUUCGGGCUUCAGGUCACCUAUGACUGGAACAUGAGGGUAGAGGUCACACUGCCCAGUAGCUACCAUGAUGCAGUGUGUGGGCUCUGUGGAAACAUGGACAAAAACCCCCAAAAUGACCAAGUCUUCCCUAACGGCACAAUGGCACCCUCAAUACCCACCUGGGGUGGCAGCUGGCAGAUUCCAGGGUGGGACCCUCUUUGCUGGAAUGAAUGUCAGGGUUCCUGUCCAGUGUGCCCAGAGAACAAAUUGGAGGAGUAUGAGAGCCCUGGCUACUGUGGACCUCUGGCUCCUGGUGCAGGGGGCCCCUUUGCCAACUGCCACGCGCAUGUGCCUCCUGAGAACUUCUUCAAGGGCUGCGUGCUGGAUGUCUGCAUGGGCGGUCAAGUCAAAGACAUUCUAUGCCAGUCACUGGCUGCCUAUGCUGCUGCCUGCCAGGCUGCUGGCAUCCAAAUAAAGGACUGGAGGACUCAGGCUGGCUGUGAGAUGUCCUGCCCUGACAACAGCCACUACGAGCUCUGUGGCCCACCCUGCCCAGCCAGCUGCCCAUCCCCUGCACGCCACACAACCCCAGCUGCAUGUGGCGGGCCCUGUGUGGAGGGGUGCCAGUGUGACCAGGGCUUUGUGCUGAGUGCUGGGCAGUGCGUUCCCCUGGACAGUGGCUGUGGCUGCUGGGUCAAUGGCACAUACCAUGAAGCAGGCACCGAGUUUUGGACUGAUGCCAGCUGCUCUGAGAGGUGCCGCUGCGAACCUGGAAGUGAAUCUCUGAAUUGCACGUCUGCCAGCUGUGGGCUGGGUGAGGAGUGUGCUUUGUUGCCCUCUGGCCAGCUCGGCUGCCAACCAGCAAGCAUAGCUGAGUGCCAAGCCUGGGGCGAUCCCCAUUACAUCACCCUCGAUGGGCACCGGUUUGACUUCCAAGGCACCUGCGAGUACCUGCUGAGCGCACCCUGCCAGACGCCACCUGCAGGGACUGAAUACUUCAAUGUCACUGUGGUCAAUGAGCACAGGGGCAGCCAGGCGGUCAGCUACACCCGCAGUGUCACUCUGAAUAUCUACGGCCUCAGCCUGACCCUUAGUGCCAGCUGGCCAAGGCAGCUACAGGUGAACGGAGAGUUCGUUGCUCUGCCCUUCUACCUGGAUGAGCGACUGAGCAUUUACCUAAGUGGAGCAGAUGUAGUGGUGAAAACCGCAGCAGGGCUCUCCCUGACUUUCGAUGGCAACAGUUUUGUACGCCUGCACGUGCCUGCAGCCUAUGCAGGCGCCCUCUGUGGCUUGUGUGGGAACUACAACAAAAAUCCCAAUGAUGACCUGACAGCUGUAGAUGGAAAACCUGAGGGCUGGAAGGUGGGCGGAGCCCCAGGCUGUGACGACCAAUGCGAGUCUGAGCCUUGCCCAGAGACCUGCACACCUAAAGAACAGGAAUCCUUUAGUGGCCCCAACGCCUGCGGCAUCAUCUCAGACCCUGCAGGUCCACUAGCACCCUGCCACAGCCUCCUGCCACCCACGCAGUACUUCGAGGCUUGCUUGCUGGAUGCCUGUCAAGCUGAGGGCCAUCCAGGAGGUCUCUGUCCUGCCGUGGCCACCUAUGUGGCAGCUUGUCAGGCUGCUGGAGCCCAACUUGGAGAGUGGAGAAAGCCAGACUUCUGUCCCCUCCAGUGUCCUGACAACAGUCAUUACCAGCUCUGUGGUGACUCCUGCCCUGUGAGCUGCCCAAGCCUCUUGGCUCCAGAGGGCUGUGAAACCACCUGCCGGGAAGGCUGUGCCUGUGAUUCUGGCUUUGUGCUCAGUGGUGACACCUGCGUGCCCGUGGGCCAGUGUGGCUGCCUCUACAAUGGACGCUACUACCAGCUGGGUGCCACAUUCUACCCAGGCCCUGAGUGCGAGCGGCUCUGUGAGUGUGGGGCAGAUGGGCAGGUCACCUGCAAGGAAGGCUCAGACUGCAAGCCCUAUGAGGAGUGCCGGAUAGAGAACGGUGUUCAGGCCUGUUAUCCCUCUGGUUGUGGCCAAUGCCUGGCCAAUGGGGGCAUCCAUUAUGUCACUCUUGAUGGACGGGUGUAUGAUCUUCAUGGCUCCUGCUCCUACGUCUUGGCCAGUGUCUGUGACCCGAAACCUGGAGAUGAGGAGUUCUCCAUUGUGCUUGAGAAGAACUUGGCAGGUGAACCCCAGCGAGUGGUGGUUACCGUGGCAGGCCAUGUUGUGGCCCUGGCUCAUGGCCCACAGGUGACAGUGGAUGACGAAGCUGUGGUCCUGCCCGUAACUGUAGACCGUGUGACCGUGACUGCUGAAGGCCGGAAUAUGAUUCUGCAGACCAAGAAUGGGCUGAAGGUUCUCUUCGACGGCGAUGCCCAUGUCCUCAUGUCCAUCCCUAGUUCCUUCCGUGGGCAGAUCUGUGGCCUCUGUGGGAACUUCAAUGGGAACUGGAGUGACGACUUUGUGUUGCCCAAUGGAGACUUAGCCCCCAGUACUGAGGCCUUUGCAGAAGCCUGGCGAGCUCCAGGCUCCUCCCCAGACUGUGGUGAGGGCUGUGGGGACCAAGGCUGUCCUGUGUGCUUGGCAGAGGAGACAAAAGAAUAUGAGAAAAACGAAGCCUGUGGGAAGAUGCAGGAUGCCAAAGGCCCCUUCGCAGCCUGCCACCAGGUUCUGAGUCCCUUGGAAUACUUCCGCCAAUGUGUGUAUGACAUGUGUGCCAAUAAGGGCAACAAAACAUACCUCUGUCAAAGCCUGGCAGCCUAUACCGCAGCCUGUCAGGCAGCUGGUGCAACCGUGCAGCCCUGGAGGACAGAAGACUUCUGCCCUCUCCAGUGUCCUGCCCACAGCCACUACUCUGUCUGCACCAGCUCCUGCAAGGGCUCCUGCGCUGCUCUCGCUGGCCUCACCCAAUGCAGCACUCGCUGCUUUGAAGGAUGUGAGUGUGAUGAUCACUUCCUGCUCUCCCAGGGUGUGUGUGUUCCUGCCCAACAAUGCGGCUGCACCUACAAUGGCCACUAUAUGCCGGUGAACUCCUCACUGUUGACCUCAGACUGCAGCCAGCUCUGUUGCUGCUCCGGAAGCACCGGCCUGUCAUGCCACCCAACCAGCUGCCCAUCUGGCCAAGUCUGUAAGCUCCAAGACGGAGUCCGGAGCUGCCAGCCUGCCCAAGGUGUUUGCUCCAUCACUGUGGGGGCCAACCUCACCACCUUCGAUGGGGCUUACAAUGCCAUCAGCUCCCCUGGUGUCUAUGAGGUUUCUUCUCUCUGCCCGGGAAUCCAGAAGCCUGUGCCCUGGUAUCGUGUGGUUGCUGAUGUCCAGUCUUGUGAUGGCAAUGACAAGAUCGUGGACAAAGUCCACAUCUUCUUCCAGGAUGGACUUGUGACUGUGACCCAAAACAACGGCGUGUGGGUGAACGGUCUCCGAGUGGAUCUCCCAGCUAGCGUGUUAACAUCUGUGUCUGUGAAGAGGCUCCCUGAUGGCUCCAUGCUGGUCCACCAGGAGGGAGGGGUCCAGGUCCGGCUUGGAAUAGAUGGGCAUCUGGAUGUGAUGGUCGGUGAUGACCAUGCGGGCAUCCUGUGUGGGGCCUGUGGAAACUUCGAUGGGGACCAGACCAAUGAUAAGUUUGGCUCUCAGGAGAACACAUCAAUGGAGAAGUGGGAAGCACAGGACUUCUCCCCAUGGAAGCUGGCACUGUCUGCCUGGCAUGUGGCCAGCGGUAUGGGAUCCCUGUGGAGCUGGUGGGCGCUCUGGGCCGGAGCAGCCCUCCUGUGGGCUCGGCUCUCCGCAGCAGAGACUUCCUGCCAAGGCAUGCGGUGUACAUCUGGACAGUGCUGCCAGAUGGUGAGUGGAAAGGCCAGCUGUGUGACAGAGUCCACAGCUGUCUGCCGUGCCCAGGGUGAUCCCCAUUACACCACCUUCGAUGGCCGUCGCUAUGACAUGAUGGGCACCUGUACCUAUACCUUGGCUGAGCUGCACAGCACCAAGAAUUCCCUGCUGGCCUUUAAAGUAGAAGCCAAGAAUGAGCACCGGAGCACCAGCAAAGUCUCCUAUGUGCGUUUCGUCACCGUGCAUGCCUACAACCAUACUGUGUCCCUGUCCUAUGGAGAAAUAGGCAUUGCCCGGAUCGACUACCAGUACUCAAGCCUCCCUGCCUCCCUGGGAGAAGGUCGCCUGCGUGUGUACCAGAGUGGAACUCGAGGCAUGAUCGAGCUGGACUUUGGGCUGCUGGUCACCUUUGACUGGGAUUACCAGCUGACAGUGAGCCUGCCCAAGCGCUUCCAAGACCAGGUGUGGGGGCUGUGUGGCAACUAUAAUGGAGACCCUGCUGACGACUUCCGCAUGCCUGACGGGAAGCAAGCUUCUGAUGUCCUGAACUUCACCAAGAGCUGGAAGCUGGAUAAUGGGGACCUCUUAUGUGAUGACGGCUGUUACAGCAAUUGUCCCUCCUGCACCACAAGCCAAUCCGAGCUCUUUAAGGGAGACCUUUUAUGUGGCAUGCUAACUCUGCCCAUGGGCCCGUUUGCAGACUGUCACGGCUUCCUGGACCCCCAGCCUUUCCUGGAAGAGUGUGUGUACGACAUGUGUGUGACUGGAGGGGAGCGCCUCACCCUGUGCCAUGGCCUCAGCGCCUAUGCCAGAGCCUGUGUUGACCUGGGCAUCUCUGUGCGGGAAUGGCGGUCACGAACCAACUGCCCCUUGAUCUGCCCAGCCAACAGCCACUAUGAACUCUGCAGCCCUGCCUGUCCAGCUUCCUGCAACUCAGAAGCCUUACCGACCAACUGCUCUGGGCGCCCAUGUGUGGAAGGCUGCGUGUGCCUUCCAGGCUUUGUGGUCAAUCGUGGCCACUGUGUGCCCGUGUCAUCCUGCGGCUGUACCUACCAGGGCCGCCUGCUGGCCCCGGGUCAGGAAGUGUUUGCUGAUGACCUAUGUAGGCAGCGGUGCACCUGUGACGCAGCCACCCUGAAGGUGAUCUGCAGGGACACAGCAGGAUGUCUGCCUGGGGAGCACUGUGGGGUACAGGAUGGCUUCUUGGGUUGCUACCCGGAAUACUUCCGCAGCUGCCAGGCGUCCGGAGACCCUCACUACAGGAGCUUGGAUAUGCGGAGCUACAAUUUCAUGGGCACCUGCUCCUAUAUGCUCACCACCGCGUGUGGCCAGCACCCCUCCCUCCCCGACUUCAAAGUGGUUAUGGAAAACGAACGUCGGGGAAGUCAGAGUGUGAGCUUUGUACACUCUGUGCAGCUGGAGGUCUAUGGAGUGAAGUUGGAGGUGCCUCGGGACUACCCAGGCAAAGUGCUGAUGGACGGCAUCAUUCACUACCUGCCCUUCCAAGCCGCAGGUGGAAAAGUCGUGGCGUUCCGCAAAGGCAAAUACGCUGUCCUGCGCACAAACUUCGGCCUGACCGUUAGUUUCAACUGGGACACUCAUGUGACUGCCAAGAUGCCCAGCAACUAUGCUAAAGCUGUGUGUGGCCUCUGUGGGGACUUCAACGGGAACCCUCGUGAUGACCUGGGUCUGCAGAGUAAAGGGGAAGCCCUUGACCCUCGAGACUUCGGGAAGAAGUGGCUGGUGACAAUGAAGCCUGGCUGCAGAACAGACGAACAACUUUUGUGUCCUAAUAUGAGCAGUGAGGUAGCGAUGAAGAACAGAAAGAAGUGCAAGAUCCUCCGUGACAAGGACAGUCAGUUCAGGGAAUGUUGGAAAGUGUCCGCCUUCAACAGUGCCCUCAUAGAAUGCAUCUAUGAUAGCUGCCGCAUGCCGGGCCAGACUAAGCCACUGUGUGACACACUGGCCACAUACACCGCCAUCUGCCAGGCUGAAGGGGUCACUGUGUAUCCCUGGAGGAGUGAGAAACUUUGCCCAAUGAACUGCCCUCCUCACAGUCACUAUGAGCUGUGUCAACGAGGCUGUCCAUUGACCUGUGGAGACCUGCCGGUGCCUGGAGGCUGCGGCACAGACUGCCACGAGGCCUGUGUCUGUGAUGAAGGCUUUGUCCUUAGUGGUGAGACUUGUAUACCGCUGUCCUCCUGCGGUUGCCUAUACCAGGGCGUUUACCACCAUGUGGGAGAGGACUUCUAUCCUGGACCUGAAUGCAAUUCCAUUUGCCACUGUCAUGAGGGGGGCCUGGUGUCCUGUCAGGCCUCAUAUUGCAGCCCACAGGAGAUCUGUAAGGUGUCUUAUGGCAUCCUCAGGUGUGUGGCUGUGGACUCGGCCACCUGCCGGGUGUCAGGAUCUAUCCAUUACACUACCUUUGAUGGCCGCCACUUUGACUUUAUGGGUACCUCUGUGUAUGUGCUGGCUCAAACCUGCUGGACCCGACCCGGCCUGAAACCAUUCACAGUACUGCAGGAGAAUGCGGUCCGGGGCAACGAGCAAGUUGCUGUGACCAAGAUGAUCACCGUCCAGGUGGACAACUACACCCUGCAGCUGGAGCAGAAUCAAUGGAAGGUCAAGGUGAAUGGCGUGACCACAAAGAUGCCUGUGAUUCUGGAUGAAGGCAGUGUUCAGGCCUUCCAGCAUGGCUUAGAUGUGGUCAUCAAGACCAGAUUUGGCCUGCAUGUGUCCUAUGAUCUCAACAGCAACGUGCGUGUCACCAUUCCCCAUAACUACUAUAAACACAUGUGUGGUCUGUGUGGAGACUACAAUGAAGACCCCAAGAAUGACUUCCAGAAGCCGGAUGGCUCACAGGCUGUCAAUCCCAGUGAUCUGGGAAACUCCUGGCAGAAGACUGUGCCAGGCUCUUCCCACAGGCCCCAGCCUGCCUGCAAACCGGGACAGGACUGCAAACCAAAGUGUUCCCCAGACAUGGAGAAAAAAUAUCAUGAUAACCAAUUCUGCGGGCUGCUCACCAACCUCACGGGGCCACUGGCUGACUGCCACAAGCUGAUUGACCCCCAGGAUCCCUUGAAAGACUGUGUCUUUGAUCUCUGCCUGGGUGGCGGUAACCUGAGCAUUCUCUGCAGCAGCAUUCACGCCUACGUGAGUGCCUGCCAGGCAGCUGGAGGGCACGUCAAGCCAUGGAGGACCAAAAUCUUCUGUCCAAUGGAGUGCCCCGCUCACAGCCACUAUGAGGUCUGCGCAGACACCUGCUCCCUGGGAUGCUCAACCAUCACCACUCCGAUAGAGUGCCUGGACAUGUGUUCUGAGGGCUGUGAAUGUGACACUGACUACCUGCAGAGCACCACAGGCUGUGUGCCCAUGGAGAAAUGUGGCUGCCACCACGAUGGUGUCUACUAUGAGCCAGAAGAGUCGGUUCUCAUUGAAAGUUGCCAGCAGCAGUGUGUGUGCCAUUCAGGAGAAGGCAUGGUGUGCAAGGAUCACAGCUGCAAGCCAGGACAGGUGUGCGAGCCUUCCGGAGGCAUCCUGACCUGCGUCACCAAAGACCCGUGCCAAGGCGUUACCUGUCGGUCACAGGAAACGUGCACUGAGAAAAGUGGCAAGGGUGUGUGCAUACCCAAUUAUGAAGCCAAAUGUCUGGCGUGGGGAGAUCCUCACUAUCAUUCCUUCGAUGGCCUGAACACUAACUUCCACGGGACCUGCAGUUACCUGCUGGCAGGGAGUGUCUGUCUUGGGGUCAGCACUGGCGGGCUGACUCCCUUCACGGUCAUCACCAAGCAUGAGAGCCAGGGCAGCCCUGCUGUGUCCAAUGUGAAGAGGGUCACUGUGACUACCUACAACACCAGCAUCACCAUCCACAAGAAGGAGAUUGGCAGAGUCCAGGUGAAUGGAGUUCUGACGGCCUUGCCUGUCUACCUGGCUGGUGGGCGGAUUUCAGUGGUCCACGGGGGCUCCAAGGCUAUUCUGGUGACAGACUUCGGGCUUCAAGUCAUCUAUGACUGGAACUGGAGGGUGGAAGUUGUACUGUCAAGUAGCUAUUAUGGUGCAGUGUGUGGGCUCUGUGGAAACAUGGACAAAAACCCCCAAAAUGACCAAGUCUUCCCUAACGGCACAACGGCACCCUCAAUACCCACCUGGGGUGGCAGCUGGCAGAUUCCAGGGUGGGACCCUCUUUGCUGGAAUGAAUGUCAGGGUUCCUGCCAACCCACAAGCAUAGCUGAGUGCCAAGCCUGGGGCGAUCCCCAUUACAUCACCCUCGAUGGGCACCGGUUUGACUUCCAAGGCACCUGCGAGUACCUGCUGAGCGCACCCUGCCAAAUGCCACCCGCAGGGACUGAAUACUUCAAUGUCACUGUGGUCAAUGAGCACAGGGGCAGCCAGGCAGUCAGCUACACCCGCAGUGUCACUCUGAAUAUCUACGGCCUCAGCCUGACCCUUAGUGCCAGCUGGCCAAGGCAGCUACAGGUGGAUGGAGAGCUGAUAAUGCUGCCUUUCCAGCUGGACUCAAGACUGCUUGUUCACUUGAGUGGCACAGGCUUGGUGGUAAACACCAACUGGGGGCUCUCCCUGGCUUUCAAAGACAAUUUCCUGCGCCUGCGUGUGCCUGCAGUCUAUGCAGGCGCCCUCUGUGGCCUAUGCGGGAACUACAACAAAAAUCCCAAUGAUGAUGAGACAGCAGUGGGGAAACCUGAGAGCUGGAAGGUGGGCGGAGCCCCAGGCUGCGACCAAUGCAUGAAGGAGCAGUGCCCCAAACCCUGCACACCUGAGCAACGGAAACCCUUCCGUGGCCCCAACGCCUGCGGCAUCAUCUCAGACCCUGCAGGUCCACUAGCACCCUGCCACAGCCUCCUGCCACCCACGCAGUACUUCGAGGCUUGCUUGCUGGAUGCCUGUCAAGUUCAGGGCCAUCCAGGAGGUCUCUGUCCUGCCUUGGCCACCUAUGUGGCAGCUUGUCAAGAUGCUGGGGCCCACCUUGGAGAGUGGAGAAAGCCAGACUUCUGUCCCCUCCAGUGUCCUGACAACAGUCAUUACCAGCUCUGUGGUGACUCCUGCCCUGUGAGCUGCCCAAGCCUCUUGGCCCCAGAGGGCUGUGAAACCACCUGCCGGGAAGGCUGUGCCUGUGAUUCUGGCUUUGUGCUCAGUGGUGACACCUGCGUGCCCGUGGGCCAGUGUGGCUGCCUCUACAAUGGACGCUACUACCAGCUGGGUGCCACAUUCUACCCAGGCCCUGAGUGCGAGUGGCUCUGUGUGUGUAAGUCAGACGGGCAGGUCAUCUGCCAGAUAGAGUCCUGUGGUAUUCAUGAGGAGUGCCGGUUAGUGGAUGGCGUCCGUGCCUGCCAUCCCAGAAACUCUAAGCUAAUGGUGGUCCUUAAUGGCAUUCAUUAUGCCACGCCCGACGGACUGGUGUAUGACCUUUAUGGCUCCUGCUCCUACAUCUUGGCACAAGUCUGCCACCCGAAACCUGGAGAUGAGGAGUUCUCCAUUGUGCUUGAGAAGAACUUGGCAGGUGAAACCCAGCGAGUGGUGGUUAUCGUGGCAGGCCAUGUUGUGGUCCUGGCUCAAGGGCCACAGGUGACUGUGGACGGUGAAGCUGUGAACCUGCCUGUGGUUGUAGGCUCCAUGUUUAUAACUGUUGAAAGCCGAAACAUGUUCUUCCAGACAAAGAGAGGGCUGAAGGUUCUCUUCGAUGGUGAUAGCCAUAUCCUUCUGUCCAUCCCUAGUCCCUUCCGUGGACGUAUCUGUGGGCUCUCUGGGAACUUCAAUGGGAACAGGAGUGACGACUUUGCAUUGCCCAGUGGAGCCUUAGCCUCCAGUGCUGAGGCCUUUGGAGCCGCCUGGCGAGCUCCAGGCUCCCCCCUGGGCUGUGGUGAGGGCUGUGGGGCCCAAGGCUGUCCUGUGUGCUCAGCCAAGGAGAGAGAGGCGCAUGAGAAAAACGAAGCCUGUGGGAAGAUACAGGACGCCAAAGGCCCCUUCGCAGCCUGCCACCAGGUUCUGAGUCCCUUGGAAUACUUCCGCCAAUGUGUAUUUGACCUGUGUGCCCAUAAGGGCAGCAAAACAUACCUCUGUCAAAGCCUGGCAGCCUAUACCGCAGCCUGUCAGGCAGCUGGUGCAACCGUGCAGCCCUGGAGGACAGAAGACUUCUGUCCUCUCCAGUGUCCUACCCACAGCCACUACUCUGUCUGCACACGCUCCUGCCAGGAUUCCUGUGCUGCUCUCGCUGGCCUCACCCAAUGCACCACUCAGUGCUUUGAAGGAUUUGAGUGUGACGAUCACUUUCUGCUCUCCCAGGGUGUGUGCAUUCCGGCCCAACACUGCGGCUGCACCUUCAAUGGCCACUAUAUACCGAUGAACUCUUCAUUGAUGUCCUCAGACUGCAGCGAACGCUGCUUCUGCUCCCCAAGCACCGGCCUGACAUGCUAUCCAACUGGCUGCUCACCUGGCCAAGUCUGUGAGAUACGCGCGGGAGUCCGGAACUGCUGGCCAGCCAAAGGUCUUUGCUCCCUCUCUGUGAAAGGCAACCUUAUCACCUUCGAUGGGGUUCACAAUGCCAUCAGCUCCCCUGGUGUCUAUGAGCUUUCUUCUCGCUGCCCCGGACUCAAGAAAACUGUGCCCUGGUACCGUGUGGUUGCUGAUGUCCAUGGCAAUGACAAGAUCGUGAACAAAGUCCACAUCUUCUUCCAGGAUGGACUUGUGACUGUGACCCGAAGCAAUGGCGUGUGGGAGCUCAGCACGUGGUUGUACCGAGAUCCCUCUAGGAGCUCAGCACAUGGUUGUGCCGCCGAGAAUGGUUACAAUGAGAGGAAAUGA